GAAUGACCAAUAAAAAGUCGGCCUUCCCUUGCAGCAUCUCGCAGUUGUUUUGGGCCUCGGACUGCGUUUGCUGCUCUUUUGUCUCCAAGAGACUUUCCGCCGCCCCCUCGCCCUCGCCGGCACGUGCGAGCUCUCGCGCGCCUUGAGCCAAAGCGAUGACGUCACGCGUCACAGAUGAAGCGGCGUGACGUCGCGGACUCGCGGCAGGUGAGGCGGGCGGCGGCCUUUUUUGCGCGCGCGCGCGCGAGACGACGACGAGCUUCUCCCGAGCGAUCGGCACAAAAUGGCGGCUGCCGCCGGUUAGACGCCCAGGCAGUAAGUUGGCAAAGCGAGUCACGGGAAUCCAACUGCGCACCGAUCGACUCACAUUACACCGAGAAGAAGACACUAGAGAGCGACCAGGUCCAAAUCCAUGAUAAGAAAAAGUCCCCGCCUGGAGUCAUCGGGCUACUACAGCAGCGACGGUCAGCCCGUCAUCUCGUACAAGGAGACGCCGUAUAGGAAGCUGUGGACUCGGAGCCGCGCUCAGCAGCGCCCCCGCAGGGUCGCCACGGACGACGCCAAGGACGACGCGCCGCUGUCCGGCAGUGCCGUUGGAGACGUCAGACGGGCGCCCGGAAGAAACCGAGUGCUGCGACUGGCACGCAAUUACCUCAUCCCCAUUUGCAUCCCUAUCGUCUGGAUCCUGUGCGAGCCGUUCAUCCGCCAGAUGACGGGCGCCCCGGCUCCCUCCAACUUGCUCUCCGGACGCGGCAACGAGCUGUUGGAGGAAGUUUACGGAAAGUACAACGAGCUGAAAGCCCUCCUCCACAGCUACGAGGAGCUGAUGCGCAAAGAUGACAAGGCGCCGCUGUGGGCCACCGUUCCCAACUACGCCCUGCAGUCGGCCGGCGCGAGGGUGUUGUGCAGCGCCACGUCGCCGGCGUACAAGGUGAAGACGUCCCACGUGUCCAUCCUGGGCUUGGAGUGGGACUUCCGGCAGGCCGUCCGCCCGCGGGUGGUCAUUGAGGGCAAGUCGGAGUUGAACCCGGGCAACUGCUGGGCCUUCGCCGGCCAGCGGGGCAACCUGACGGUGGCGCUCUCGCACGCCGUGCACGUCACCAGCGUCACCCUCGGACACAUCGCCAAGAGCAUCUCACCCACCGGCGACAUCCCGCACGCGCCCAAGGAAUUCUCCGUCUACGGUUUGGCGUCUUUGGAGUCACCCGCCGUCAAACUGGGAAGCUUCAAGUAUGCGCAGAACGGGCCCAUGUUCCAGAACUUCCGAAUAGCCGACAAAGGCGCCGGCGCGAGCACGCACGUGACGCUGAGCGUGCACAGCAACUGGGGCGACCCCACCUACACGUGCCUCUACAGCUUCAAGGUGCACGGCCGCCUGCCGUCCUGA